UCCGCCUAGGAGCGGCGGGCGGGACAAGAGUCCACCCGGACCCUGCCGCGGCCCGGGGCCUGGUAGCUCAGUCCUUGGAGGUAGCGACAUGCGGCUCCUGUUCCUGGCGGUGCUGCGGCCACACACCGGCAACGCGGUCACGGCCGAGCGCCUACGGGACCACCUAGAAGCCGCAGGCCACAUGUGCGUUCUGAGAGAUGCCUUUGACUUUGAAAGCCCGGCUGAAAUUGCCAAGCUCAUCGCCGCGGAGAACCUGGAAGCAGCCCUAGCCCUUCACCUCUACCGAGGAGGCAGACUUCUGCAAGGUCACGGCAUCCCUUUCGGGGUCAUCUUUGGUGGAACUGAUUUAAAUGAAGAUGCCAAUCAUAAAGAAAAAAAUGAAGUCAUGGGGAAAGUUCUGGAGGAGGCCAGGUUUGCCGUGGCUUUCACAGAGGCGAUGAAGGACACAGCACAGGCGCAGUGGCCACAUGCUACUGGGAAGAUCUUUGUCCAGAGUCAAGGAAUUGCAACGAUACCAAAUGCCAACUUUAACUGGAACACCUUCCUCCAGCAAUCAGAGAUUGACCAAAGUGCAGACAACCUAUAUGUGUUCCUGGUAAUAUGCGGACUCAGGCCUGUAAAGGAUCCUCUGUACUUGGUAGACGCAUUCUCAGAAUGGCAUCAAGAAGAGCCCAAUGUUUACAUGGUGAUUGUAGGUCCUGAGGUAGAUCCAGUGUUUACAAGGGAAGUGAAAGACCGGGAACAAGGGACCCAACUUCACUGGCUGUACAAGGCUGCAGGGGUGCGGCUGAUCCGAGAGAUGUGCCAGGAAGAUCUGCACGCAGUGGUGAAGAGCUGCUUCGCGCUGGUCAACAGCUCAGUGUCCGAGGGCAUGUCAGCCGCCAUCCUGGAGGCCAUGGAUUUAGAAGUCCCCGUGCUGGCUAGGAACAUCCCUGGGAACUCGGCCGUGGUGGAGCACGGAGUCACAGGACUGCUGUUUUCAAAUCCUCAGGAGUUCAUUCAGUUGGCAAAGAGACUGGUUAGCGAUCCUGCACUGGAGAAGGAAAUCGUGACCAACGGAAGGGAGUACGUGAGGACGCACCAUUCCUGGCAGGUGGAGAGAGACACCUACCAGCGCCUCAUCCAGAAGCUGGAGGCCAGCUUGGAGGAUUAAAUGAUGGAAGUCUGUGCUCACCACAUCUGUCCCAGCAACCAUCCGGUGCUCAGCUCUGGGUAGAGGCCAAAAGAUGGGACUUAGCCCUGGACCACUGGAAUCCUAGAGUCCCCGGGAACAUAUCCACCCCCCAACUCUCCUGUGUGGCGAACACAGUCCCAAAAGUACUUACAGCUUCGUUUUCUGGAUGGGCUUAUGGCUCACUCCUGAAAGUGCUUAGGACUCAGUCCCCAGAAGUAUUUGCAGCUCUGUGCAGGUGAUGGGGGUGCCUCUCAGGGGCCUCUGGGGGAAGUGUUCCAAGAACUGCUUUUACAACUUACGGGGGUGAAUUAUUAAGCAACCACAGCGCAGACCCUUCUCCUGCCUUCGGGGUGAGCUCUGACUAUCCUUACCAGUCCACAAAGAAGAAACAGAAAGGCCAGGACUGUCAACAGAUCUUGACCUGCGGCCCAUCACGGGGUAUGGGGUAGGUGGGGGCCCAGGCUGCGGCUGGCAUGCUUAUUAAAGCCCUGGAGAGGCUGUGAAUGGGUUGUGUCAGUACACGUCGCUCCUCACUGGUACACCUGAGGGAUGCUUUCCCAAAGAGGCCAGGUUGCCCUGCAGGUCCUGCCCACCUGUAUCAUGUCACAGGGAGCCUGGAAGAUGAUUGGAUGGCCCCCAUGAUGGAGGCUAGGACCUUGAAUUCAGUGUGGCCAUUCUUCCCUCUUAAUUGCUAGGGAACUGAGGGCAAGCGCUGACUAAGUCGCAAGACUCCGGACAAUGGUGGCACCCAAGACUGUGACAGGAGGUCACUGGCUUAUGGGGAGGUCAACCUGGGGGGUCGGUAGGAUCUCCCCACACCAGCACACCAUGCUUCCUGUGCCCUCUUGCUGAAUUCCAGCAAGGCUGUGCUACUUACUGAAAGCAGGACAUGCAAUGGCCGCCUGUGCUAAAGCAAGCAGCUUGGAGGAGGAGAGAAGGAAAACGCAGCCGAGAGCCACACAUGCAAAGAAAGUGUCAGGCUCUGGAGGGAACGGAGGAGGACUCAGCACCCAUGUUGUCCCUGCUCCAACUUUGAAGGCACAUCCUGGGCCUUUUGCUUUUCUACAAAAAAAUAGAAAGAAAAAAAGAAUAAGAAAGGAAGAAAGAAAAAGACAGACAGAAAGAAAGAAACAUUGUCAGCAACAUCUCUUUUUAAGAGAAGCGGGCUAGAAGGAAGUCAACUGUGUAAGUCAGUACUUCAGGGAUAAGAACAGAGCACCAUUCCAUAGGGUAUCAUUCGGCUUCCCAUUUCCGUACCUCAGAUCCAGCACAGCCACUUUCAUGAAGGCUCCAGCCAAGGCAGCAGCAAUCCCACAGUCCUUGAGCUCCUAGCGUCUGGAGGCCGGCUGAGCCAUGUGCCCAUUUCCUUAACCCCUGGCUUGAGCUGGGGUCUUACCUCUCGGGGUACAAGGAGAGGGAGGGAGUAGUGAAGACUGAAUCCUGAGGGAGGUUCCUCUGAGCCCAGAGUUCAAACCCACCUCAGGAGAGGUAUGCAGAGAUCAGGUGUCAUUGUUUACAAAGUGGGAUGCUCUGGAAUGCAUGCCUCUCCUUGGCCUGGUGAUGACAUCACUGCCCAAGCCCAACAUUGCCAGCGUCACAUCUUCUGCAAUGUGCACUUUGGGGAAGGGAGGGUUCUUAAUUAAUAAAGCGUGCCACCAUCAGCCAUA